AUGGAGAAAACGAAGAAAGUAGACAAAUUACCGUUGGAUCCUCAACGAGAAUUUUUGGACAUGGAUACAGACGACGAAGAUUUUGGUCGACAAGAAAGUCCCGAAACUGAAGAGGAGCAAUCUUCUGAACCAAUCAAACCAGUCUUUGAUGAACAAGAUUUAGAUAAAUUGGUACAAUAUGUAAAAGAUUUCACAAUUCUUCCUUACAUCAAGGACUCCGAUUGGAAAGAGGAUUGUUAUACAAUAAUUCGCGAAUAUUUCGAAUAUCCAGCUUACACGUUAUUAUGUAUAUAUUUUCAAGUUGAUACACUGAAGGCACAAUUAACCAUUUUGGAUGAUAAUCAAAGCGAUUUCAUUUAUUUCUUACGAAUACCUUGGCAUGUGUUUACAGUCGAUAAUUUUCAUGCCACAGUUGUCUUCGGCAGCAUCAAUCGUAACGCAAUGAUGUGCGUGUUGAAAGUAAUGGAAAACAUGUAUGUCUCGGUCGCACGUAACAGUAGCGAGUGGCCAGAGAUUAUCAGAAACAAUCUGUUUUUCAAUCUACACAAUUUUCUAAUGUGCUUAACUGAAUGGGUUUACAAACCGAUGGGUUUAACCAAAUUAUACAUACCGGGAGAAAAUCUGUCUGAUAUCGUGACACUACAUAAAGAUAAAAAGUCAAAUUCAUCCAACAAUGAGACAAAUGGUCUACAUGUUUCUAAGGAAUUGCAGGAGUCGGAAAAGGCAUUGAUUGAUAGAUUUGAAGGAAUUGUACGUUAUUGGAUCAAACAGAUACGGCAAGUAUUGACAAGUACAUCCACAAACAAUAGUGGACGAACUGUAUUCGACGAGUUGCAAUAUUGGACAACGAAAUAUUUUAAUUUAUGUUGUUUGCACGAUCAAUUAUCGAAUAUGGAAAUUCAAUCGAUGUUGCAUCUGUUAGAGAACGUUUGUUCGCCGAGCGUAGAUUCCUUUCAACUUUUAACGUUACAGCUUUGCGAAAGCUUAAAACAAGCUGCAUCCAAUAUAAUGUAUCUGAAUAUUCUAUCAGAGGCUUGUAAGAACCUGAAAUGUCCAAGCGAGAUUGAAAAACCCAUAAUGAAAAUAUUGUUACUGAUACUGUUUAUCUGGACAGAAUCCCCGUUUUAUAAUAUGUCGAAUAACAUAGAAGUACUUUGUGAAGCUAUAAGCAUACAAAUAGUACAUCAAUGUAAAAAUUAUGUCAAUUUGCAAGUAAUAUUAGAAGGCGAUACAGAAAAUGGAAUAAAUAUACUUCGGAAGUGCAUUUCUUGUUGUCAAAUAUAUAAGACGAUAUAUAACAAAGUUACAAAAAUAACUGCGCUUAUUAAAUCGAAUAGUAAUUGGGAUGUAAACGAACAAUUAAUAUUUAAUUACACUGAUACGUUUAUGCAAAGAUGUUAUGAUAUCAUUGAAAUAUGCAAUACUUCAACAGUGUUUGAAAAGUUAUGCAUAUUCAGAACAGUAAAUAUUGUACAUCACUGUAUGGCUUCAUGCGCACUCAUUCUCUCUCUCUCUCUCUCUCACGCACGCAUGCACGCACGCACGAUUAUAAUAGACAUAUGUCAUAUUCACAAUUUUUGUAGGUGUACUAAUGUGGGAAUGAUUGGCGGUCCAAAUGGUAUCAAAUAUGACGCUUGUUGUCGCCAAAUAGAGAAUUUAUUUUCUGAAAUUCUCGAUGAAAUAAAAUUGAUCCGCUACGAAAUUUUAGACGUUACAAAAUUUUCGUGGCUAGAGAACAUGUUGAACUUUAGAAACUUUGUGAUGGAAUUAGAGAGCAUGAUCAAAAAUUUGAUCGACUGCAUAUUUGAUGAGAUUAAAAAUAUUGAAGAAGGUAUCGAGGCAAUUUAUGCUUUACAACGCUUUAAACAUAGAGAAUCGUUGCGAGAUUUAUUAUCGAGGAAAUGGGUGCAGGUUUGGGAAAUGUUUGAUAAAGAAAUUGAAAAUUGUAAUGAUAAUAUGAUUUCAUGUGAAUCGUAUUAUACUCCGUUUCAAUGUUAUUCAAAAGAUGUAAUUAUGCUGUGCAUUAAACAAUAUUUAGAACGAUUAUUUCAUAUCAUGAUUGAUAUGUCCGAUUGGAUAGGAGAUUGUGCAGCUGAGACAUAUAUAUUGGAGCAAUACAAGCGAAUGAUGUGUCGAAAAAACAAUAGAAUAUCAUCGAUAAUAAAACAUGAUAGAGUGUAA